AUGUCCCAACUGCGCGAUAUCUACGCUUCUAGCUCCCCUCCUCGCACCCCUCCCUCUCAGACUGCAAAGUACCGAUCAAAACGCGGGUACCCAGGUCAAGCACCUUUGCGCGAUGCCUUCCCGGACGCCGCAUCUAUUGAGAAUGCGCCGACAGCGAGCGAGUUAGGGGACGAUAGAGAUCCCCACGACUUGUCCCUUUCUCCUCAACAUGCCGCUCGUACAUCAAUUGUGGACAAUAUGCUGCUAUCGUUGGACCAAUUUGCUGCCCCAGAGGCAUCUGUACUAGAUGACUAUCGACUGUAUAACUCGGCUUUUGGAUCGGAAAUGCAUGGCCGCUAUCGCAGCCAUGCCUCUUCUUUCUCAACAUCCUCAGAACCAGACUACGACUACGACGUUAAUAACAAUAGCUCCCGUUUUGCUACCAUCGCAACUAGAAGCCGACAAAGCACUAGCAGUUCAAGUUAUCAAACAUUGACCAGAAGGUUAGAUAGUGCUCGUGGCGAUACAAUGGGCUCUCGGGGCAGUGGUAGAAAACCCAGGAGCAGUGAUUCUUGGCAGGGCAGUAAGGGAAGCUCGUCUGCCGACUUUGGAUACAACGUACCCCGAACGCGAGCAGACUCUGAUGGCAUGGGUCGGCGCUCGCCAAGUUUCGACUGCGGACCGAGGAAAUAUGUCCCCUACGCCGAUCACCGAGGCCAAGAAUCCUUGCUGGAGGAUGAUGAUGGCGACGAGGCGGCACCGACUCCCGGCAUUCCAUCUGGACCUCACAAGAUUCCUGAGAACUCUACUAUUCCAUCUGCCUAUACAUCACGAACUCUAGCAGCGUCACGUCGAAAUAGUCUGAAAUCAGCACAGGGGCACCAGAUCCGAAAAGCUCGCGCAGAUAACCUUGGCACUGGCAUUCUCAGAAGUCGAGACAAUGAUUUUCAACUAUCGGGCGACACAGACCUUGAUCCUCCCACUUUAAUUCCCUCUUCCUCAGAGUUGCCUGCGCCCAGUCCAACAAUUUCCUAUAAUAAGCCCGCUUUCCCAUCGCCAGAUCCUGCGGCAAAAAUCACUUCCACGACCAUCACUACGACAAAUAGCGUUAGCGCUAUGGGUUUGAAAGAAAAACCCAGCUUUUUUCGGCGGGUUUUCGGCUCAGGAAGGAACUCUACACCAGUCCUUUUGGACUCUCCGAAUUCAAAUGUGACAGGGAUUGUGAAUGUGAACGAUUUGGCAUAUUUGCAAGAUAAUGAAGCAAAGGACCCCACCGGGGCGACCGUCAAUUUGAAGGAACGAGACUCUGUGGUCUUCAAAACACCAACAGGUCCGCCGACACCUUCCUCCGCUACUCGCAAGGGACCUCCACAGGUUAUCAAUAAGAAACCAUCUUUCUUUCGCAGACGGAAGAAGUCUGUCACUGAUAGUGGUAUCCCGCCGCCAAUUGUACUCCCUCAAGAUCUUGCUCCUCAGGCUUUUGACUCGUUGAAGCCUCAGCCAAGCCCAGUGAGUAGCCUGCGGAAGGUCAUGAAUGAUUACCUCGCAGAUGAUGUACAGACGAGUCAAGGAAGUAAAAGACUUCGCGAGCCUACUCUUUUAGACAAGCCACGAGAUUUCAUUCCACUUGGAGGAAAUUCGGCGACGAAUAAAGCUCUCCAACCUCCUAGCUCUUUCCGCCAAGACCGCUCACCACUCGCAGACAGCCGUGGCGGUGAUGAUCGACCCGUGAGGGGCGAAGAUGUCGGCUUCGCAUCUGCAGAUGCCCCCUUGCAGGGGAAGCGCUCGAGCGCAGCUCCGUCUAUCGCUCCAAAGCCCUCAGAUAAACCCUCACGCGGCAUUCAGUCUUCCUCUAUGUCAAUAACACAGGAAGCCCCCGACAGCAGCGUAAAAGAAGAGUCCCAACCCCAAAUUCCUGAAUCGCCUUCCACAUCUGAGGCCUCGCGUUAUCAAACUGCGGCUAAUACCCCGAUCAUUGACGAUAUGGCGAAACCAUUCGAUGAAACGACUGAGAGCCCGAUGGACGGACCUGGCGACGCUAUUGAGGAUGGACCUACGGCAAGUGAUCGCGAGCAGGCUCUGAAACUCUACGAAAGUCAAGAUCAGGUGGUGGGCAAUGAGCCGGCCGCUGCAUGGCUCGGUGGCCCUGAUCGAGCUAUGAUUCGCGAAGCUUACAUGAGAUUGUAUAACUGGUCCAAUAUGAAUAUCCUGGCUGCUCUUCGAAGUCUGUGUGUGCGCUUAGUAUUGAAGGGAGAAAGUCAGCAAGUGGAUCGAGUCUUGGAUGCUUUUUCCACCCGAUGGUGUGACUCUAAUCCAAGUCAUGGCUUCAAAGCUACUGAUGUUGUUCACACCAUCUGCUAUUCCCUUCUCCUGUUGAAUACCGACCUGCAUUUGGCCGAUAUAGACCAAAAGAUGACCAAAUCCCAGUUCGUUCGAAACACUAUGCCUACCAUCCAUCGAGUUGCUAUGGAUGCAGCCCCAGAUGGUUUCGAGACAUUGCGACCGAACAAUCGCUCCAAGACCGCAUCUCUACUAUUUGAACCCUCUCAGGCACCUAACAUCACCCGCUCUAGCAUUGACCCCGCCCGCCGUAAUUCUCUGGAGAUGGACAACUCUGACCGAAAUACGGCCGACAGUGACGCGGGUCCAUUGGUCAACACCCCCUUUAUUGGAAAUGUUCGAGUAUGGGAGCAGCAGGUGGAGGCUAUCUUGAAGGAUUUCUACACCUCAAUUCAAAAGGAACGUCUUCCUCUACACGGUGCCCAGCCCGAGCGCGAGGUAACUCGUAUGACAUCCACCACCAGCUUCCUGACUCCAUCCACGGGAAUUCUUCGCAGGAGUCCUAGCACCAUCAGUAAAAGCGGCUCGGACAUCUACCCUCGUGGCAGAUCAGCCGAUUCUCGUCAUGGCGCCGCAAGAUGGUCGUCCAAACCUCGCUCUCGGGGCGGUAACACCCGACUAUACCCCGCAUCUAUGAUGGGAUCCAGCCGAACCAGCCUGGAUGAUCAAUCUUCUGUCUUGAGUCCAACUGCCUCAAGCACCUGGAGCAAGUAUUCAUUGGGCAAGUUCACCUCUGCCUCUGUCGAUUCUUUUGGCUCAGAUUACCCUCGCGGUGACUACCAGCAGUCCAUUGGAUUUGCCAAUGCCCUGAGCCAAGCCAUCAUUCGUGAGGAUUCCGCCCCGUCUAUCUACAGCUUUGAUGAGCCUGAACGAACCACUCCACUCUUGGAAGACGAGACGUUGGCCUUGGCAGGUGCUCCCUGGGCCAAGGAAGGAAGCGUCAAACACAAGCAUCACUUGGAUGCGGUCGACAAGCGUGCCAAGGAUCGCAAUUGGAACGAGUGUUUUGCCGUCAUUCAACAGGGCUGGAUGCGGUUGUUCUCCUUCUCUAAUACCACCAAAACCAUGCGACAGAAAGCGAAGCAGCGUGGCGGUGUUGUGGUUGGAGGUGGAAACUGGACAGAAAAUGCCGAGGAGAUCUGGAAGUUCAUGCUUCGCCAGACUAUUGCCAGUGCCCUUCCACCACCUGGGUAUUCCAAGUCACGUCCGCAUGUGUGGGCCUUGAGCCUACCCACGGGUGCAGUACAUCUUUUCCAGGCAGGUACGCCCGAGAUUGUGCGAGAAUUCGUAUCUACCGCCAAUUACUGGAGUGCUCGAUUGUCCAAGGAGCCUCUGGUUGGAGGUAUCAGCAACAUUGAGUAUGGAUGGAGUGAUGCCGUCAUAAAUAGCGCUCUGGGAAGUAAUGAAAGCCGAUCACCGCCGCCUUCGGGGCCUCAUCACCAUUCUCGUCCGAGCAUACAGAGCUCUAUUCGAAGCUCACUGGAUCAACAAGGUGUGCGAUCCAAGCUACCCGCAGAUCGUGUUAACAUCAGUGACUGGAGUCCUCCACAGCAGAGUAUGGUGGCAUCUCAUCUGACCGAAGAGGACCAGUUGAAGGCCCUGCAGGCAUAUGUGAAGAACGUCGAAGAUGACCUCCAGAGACACAACGAGCUGCGCGGUGCCAUGAACCUCGCAUUUACACUACGACAUCCUAACGCAAACAAGGCUAUGGCUAACUGGGAGCGCAAGUCAUCGUAUCUGCUGCGUGAGAUUGUCAAGUUCCGAACCUACAUUGAUUCUCUGCGCAAUGCAAUCAGCCAGAAAGAAAAGAUCUAUGCAUCUUCCAACAAUUAUCAUCUUACUCCCGACGAGAUCAACAACCCAGAAUCGGAGCCACUGACUGUUUCGACCUGA